GUGGUAGGUUUCCCAAACCUCAAGUCCAUUGAUGUAGGCUGUAAGGAAUUCUAUUUUUAAAAAUCAUCAAAGCGUUCGCACGUAUUUUCGAAACGUUUUUAAUCUCUCGAUUUGAGAUACCACACUCCACAAAAGUGACACAGUCAAGUCAGUAUAAGAGAACUUUUCAUCCCUCUAGCAUGGGUUGACAACGGCGCGGCGGCUCCGAUUUUUUGUAUUCGAAUAAUUUGUACGUUCCAAAACAACUUCGGAAUCAUUUACGUGGUUUAUAAUAUUAAUAAUAAUAAUAUUAAAGAUUUAUUGCUGCAGUUACUAUCUAUUGUCUGAUAAAAAAUGGUUUAUUACAGUGUUAAAUUUUAUUCGAUUUUACUGUGCGUUAUUUAUAUUAUUGCGGGCUGUAAAUGUGCUUCUGUUUCGGAUGCAGACGUCGUCGUUACAGAUAAUUCAACAAACCCAGAUGAUCCUCAUGAGAUACAAAAAGCUGUUUGCACAGUUACAGCAGGUGAAGUGCGAGCAAGUGCUGAAGCAAUUACAACAAAAACCCUUCAAGGAGUUUGUGGAUCCGUUGAAAUGAACUUAGCUCUUCACAAUUUGGAGACAAAAUUAUACAAAGAACUACAAGAAAUUAAAUUACUUCUUAGAGAUAUUCGAAGUAGAAACAUCAAUGAUAUUCCAAUCAAAACAAAACCAUCAGUUUCCACUCAAGAAUUUGUACACACUACGAAAUCUCCAAUCACAAUUCCAGAACUACAGACAACAGUUUCACCGGCAUUAGAAGAGACAACAAUUUCCCCAAAGAAAUCUAAACCUAAUUUAAAAUCAUUAACUACAAAAAAUCAUCCAUUUAAAGAGAAAUCGUUUUCUUAUUUUUGGAAGCUUGAGAAUUUUACACAACACAUAAAUGGUUCAAGUGGCAGAGUUGAAAGUCCAGUUUUUUCAAUAAAAGGAAAACCACUUCGAAUCAAGGCAUCUUUCAAUCACCUUCGUCGAGAUUUUCUGUAUCUUCAUCUUGUUUAUGCAGUUUUUGAGAAUCGUGAUAAGUUCAUGAACAACAUAGUCCUGGACACAGGAGGUAUAUUUAAGCAUAUUGACGAAAAAGUACUAUUCAAUUAUAAGAUCUCAAUUUUAGAUCAGAAUAACGGUUCAAAUGAUUUAGAAUCUCAAGAAUUCAGUACAUUAGAUAGUGGGUUCCCAAUUCCAAUGAGUGCUCUAAUAUCUCCAACGUAUUCAAAGAAUAAUUCAUUACUCAUUCAAAUAUCUCUAUAUUUAUGAUUUUUUAUUUCUAUUUUUGUUUUUUAAAAUGAAGAAGAUAAAACUAUGAAUUUUGUAGGUACUGAUAUUUUAGUUAUAUAUGCAAAAAAAGUGUACUACAAACUUUUCAUUUAAUACAUGCUGUUAAAAAUUUUCCUAAAUAAUGCAACUUUAA